AUGAGGUUUUGGAGUUUGCCUCCGGCUGCCCGAGUACAGAUAUGGUCAAAAUGUGCUGAAUCCAGAACUCUUAAACUUGCACUUCGGCCGCAAGCAUACGCUGCAUUGUCAGUGAGUCCAAGAGUACGGCUUCCUACGAUUUCAGCCGGCAGAUAUGCUACGGUCAACGUCAGCGAGAGCAACAAGAUCCUUCAGCCACCCGUCAAAGAUGGUAGCAAGGAGAUUUCGCUAGAUUGGGAUGGCAUCACGGACGCCGUCCGCGAAGCCAUGGAUCGGCAAUCACAAAAGAGUCCAAAAGAGAAGGAUGCCGUGCUAGCAAAUCUGCAGUGGUGUGUCAAAAAUAGGACAAUUUUUUCGAAGGCGUUAGCAGACCGCCAGUUCCUUCCGAGAAUUCAGACGGCGAUGUCAGCUAGUGAUCCCAUCAUUAAGAUAGGAGGAAUUAUAGAUGAAGCGAUGCCACAUUUACUGGAUAUCACACGGAAGGAGCAGUACGCAAACGCUCCGCCACGUUUAUUCCAGGUAGAUUCAGCUCACAAUGAAAUCCAUAAUAUCUGCCAGGACCUGAAGAUAGGGCAAGAGAUAGAGGCGAAAAUAUCUUCAGAUGGCGUCAAUGUCGAAUGCGCCCUUCAGCUCAAGAUACCGGGAAUCGCCGACGAACACACGUUUGGCAAGGGCCCAAUCAAGAGGGUAGCAAAACGAAAAGCAUGGGCGGCGAUGCUCACAAGAUUGGACACCACUGGAGCAUUAUCAAAGCUCCUCUCUCCAUCCACUGUAAAGCAAAAGGAUACGAUUCCCAAAGCUGAUGGCGCCUUGGGGUUCGAACCAUUAGUUGGAGAAAUAGAGCUGGUUGAUGUGGAGGAAGAAAUCAUGCGUCAAGAGAAGGAUGGCCUAGUCGAUGUAUUCAACUAUGCCGCCAAAUUCGGUCUUGUGCCUCACUUCGCAACGCGCAUGCUGAAACGCCGCGUCCGUGGCAGUGGCAAACGAAAAGUCCGCAAAGUUGUGCAAGUGUCAAUAAGACUUCCAGAGCAGAAAAUCGAUGUUGUUGCCCAUGGCGAUACAGGUCUGGAGGCGGAAGUAACAGCUGUGCUUGCUUUCAAGCGUGCCGCGGAACAGCUGCAAAUGCAACAUGAUCAAGUCCCGGGUAUCGACAAGAAUUUCCGGGCACUCAGUGUUCUAACAGCCCCAUACUUUGUUAGAAAGGUCGCGAGACUGGAAAACCGAAAUCCACUGGAAUUGAAGAGAGAGGAGUUGCCGUCCCAUGAUAUAAUUGGCAUUGCGUGUCAGUUGGAAUUAAAUGGCGAACCAAUUGGUCAACGAGUGGUUGGGCGGACGAAACGUGCCGCUGAACAACUGGCAUGCCUAACAGCAGCAGUUGAACUUGCCCGAAAACGACCGGAAGUCUUAUCCCAGUUUGCAGCUUCCUUGACUCAAGGCAGCUCUAGCAGGUCCGAGAUGCUAGGAAGUUAUCCGGCGAUUGCAACGGGUCUGAAAGCUGAAGCCCUCGAUAUCAUGAAAAGUACCCUCUCCGAGGCCGGUCAUGCUGGGUUGUCUCAUUAUCAAGAGUCCUUGACAGCAAUGUCGACAUCUAUGGCGAGGCCUAGAAGACGUCCGUGCCCGCAAACAGCGUCGGCUGCAGCUAGUAGACUCUUACUUGAUCGCUUACAGCGGUUUGAAGCAGAUUCAAGUACGGCAGAAAUUCGCAACGCAAGAGCAGCUUUACCAAUGAGUCAUUACUCGUCGAAGGUCCUUGACAUCGUGUCUAGCAACGUAUACAGCAUUGUUGUUGGUGCGACCGGAUCGGGCAAAACAACACAGGUCCCUCAGAUCAUCCUGGACGAUGAGAUACGUCGAUCCGAGGGCGGGAAAUGCAACGUCAUCUGCACCCAGCCCCGUCGUCUAGCCGCGACUUCCGUCGCACGACGAGUCGCAACGGAACGCGGCGAAAACCUUGGGCAAUCGGUCGGAUAUCAGGUGCGAGGAGAUUCGAAGCUUCCACGGGUUGGAGGAAGCAUCACUUACUGCACAACUGGUCUUCUUGUUGAACGCCUUAAAUGGGACGCCGAUGGCGUUAUGGAUGAUGCAACUCAUCUAAUAAUAGACGAAGUUCACGAGCGAGACAUUUUCAUCGACUUCUUGCUCAUUGUCUUGAAGAAAGCGAUCACAGCUCGUCAACUCGCUGGGAAGACUGUGCCAAAAGUCAUCCUGAUGUCUGCGACCAUGGACACGCGACUCUUCUCUGCAUAUCUGCCAAAUGAAGUUGAUGGCAAAUCAACACCGUGUCCAUCUCUGGACGUACCCGGUCGUACAUUCCCAGUCAAAGAAAAGUAUCUUGAUGAUAUCUUGGGUGAAAUCACUAAGGCCCAUCCCGAAGAAUUCCUGAGACUUGCUGCUCGAGACAAAGACGACACCAGCGACUAUUUGAUUGCUGAAAGGGCGUUCGAGCGGGUGGGCGGUGAAGCGGAACCAGUGGCGGACGGUGGAACGGUAUCAGUUGCGGAUGAUGAAGCAAAUUCUGUUGCAAGCAGCAUGGACUGGAAGAAAAAGCAAGACCAGAAUGAUUCGCAAGCUGUCCAGAAAGAAGAAGGUCUUGUACCCAUCGCUCUACUUGUAGCUACGAUCGCACACAUCUGCGAAACGACUGCCGAUGGGGCAAUCCUUGCUUUCCUGCCCGGACUUCAAGAGAUCACGGCUGCGGAGGUUCUGAUGAAGCAAGAAGCUGUCUUCGGUAUCGAUUUUACAGACGAAGUCGCAUUUUGUAUCCACCUUCUCCACUCGACGGUGCCGGCCGACCAACAACGGGCAAUUUUUGAACCCAUACCGGCUAGUUGUCGAAGAAUCAUUCUUUCAACGAACAUCGCCGAAACCAGUGUCACCGUACCUGAUGUUAAACAUGUGAUUGACCUCGGAAAGCUACGACAGAAUACCUACGCCCAUGAACAGCGAGUCUCGGCGUUGCGGACAGUCUGGGAAAGCAAUUCCAAUGCGCGACAACGAGCAGGCCGAGCAGGACGUGUGUCGGACGGCAACUACUACGCUUUAUACUCCCGCAAGCGCAGGGAAGCCAUGCCACCUUCCGGGCUUCCUGAACUGCUUCGCGCUGACCUCCAAGCAACAUGUUUGUCAAUAAAGGCUCAAGGAUUUCAGGAGAGUGUAUCAAGUUUUCUGUCUGCGGCUAUUGAACCGCCACUGCCCGAGGCUGUCCAGUUCGCAGUUGAAAAUCUGAAAGCGAUCGAAGCCUUCACCGAGAACGAAGAAGUGACUGCGCUCGGUGGUGUCCUGGCCAAACUUCCGGUCCAUCCUGCUCUUGGCAAGAUGAUCCUACUCGGCCUCAUAUUCCGCUGUCUUGAUCCUAUGAUCAUCAUCGCCUCCAUGUAUGGCGAACGCGCUCUCUUCAUGAAUCCGCCUGAUAAUCGAAUGGUGGCCCGAGCAACGAAACAACACUUCAACUUGGCUAACUCAGAUCAUCUCGCUGCCCUGAAAGGCUUCCAAGACCUCAGACAACACUCGCACGAUUCUGACGAGCGCUCGGUCUUUCAGAGGGCAAAUAGACUCUUCUUACAUUAUGGUGGCUUCCGUGCGAUCUCUCGUACCGCCAAGCAGGUUGAAGAAACUCUGAUCGAUGCUGGUUUAUUGGAUGCAGAUGCGACGCAAGUGACAGACACACUGGAAAUCGGCGGCGAGGCGCUGAACCGCAAUUCCAACAAUGUCGACUUGAUCAAGUGUCUGCUACUUGCUGGCGUCUAUCCGAACGUCGGGGUCAGAGGUGCCCACGUAAAGAGCAGGCUAUUCCGUACAGCCUCGAGUGACAAAGUCUUGAUGCACCCUAGUUCGGUCAACGCCGUCACCCUACGCGACCAGUCUUCACACGCACAGAUCUACGCUUUCACAACACUUGUGCAGAGUCUCAGCGGGGGCGUGCUCUUCAUCCGCGACAGCUCUCUCAUCACUCCGCUAGCAGCCAUGCUUUUCGGAGGCCGUCUAGAAGCAGACGAAUCUUCUCAGGAGCUGCUUAUGGACGAGUGGCUUCCUUUCAAGUUCGACGGCAACGCGCGUGAAACUAUGGCCUUGAUCAAGGAAUUCAGGGAGGCCAAAGACCGCAUGCUGAAUAGUGUGUUCAGGCUGCUUUCGAAUCCCAACGAAACGGCGAAGGCGGUUGAUGUGAUGGAGAUCUUCACAGACGGAUUAGUGAGGCUAUUGGAUGCGGAUGCCGAGGGGCGUGAGAGCGAGAAGAUCUUGGACAGACAGAAGAUACCGACUCUUAAUGGCGAUGUUUUGCAAGAGACUGCUUGGUCGAGUAUAUCUCAGCUCUACCGUUCGAAAGCUUUGUCACGCAUGGAGCUUUGA